UCCAGAAAAAAACACACGCAGAAGGAAGAAAGAAGGAUUACAGAGCGACUUCAGCGCCCAAUAUGAUGGCAUGAUGAUCAAUGGGUAUCUGUCUGUGGAGCAAUUAGACGAUGGCCGCUGCCUCCUCUAUUUGGGUUGGUUGUUGAGCAUCAUCUAAAAAGGGAGAAGGGUUUGCUUCAAAAGUGGGGAGGAGCAUGCUUCCGCAGUGUGCGGCAGGUUGCCUCCUGCUCACAGCUCUCUGUGAUAGUGACAGAGCAGCUUGUGUGCGUGCUUGAACUGAAGCGAUCACCAGCAUAGAGAAAAAAAGAAGCAGCCCCUGCCUGUCUGCAUGAUACUUGGAGAAAGACGUUGCUUCAGAGACCUCUGGCUGAUCAGCUUGUUGGGUGGUGGAGUCAGCGGUUGAUGCCGAUUAUGAAGAGCUUGAACUGCCCAGAGAGUGCAAUAGAGAGGCUGCGGCCCCUCGUCGGAAACAAAAGAUGGGAGUAUUGCGUCUUCUGGAGAUUGCUCGAUGAUCAAAGCUGCUUAGAAUGGACGGGCUGUUGCUGCCGCGGAGCAGAACAAGAAGAGAACAGUGAGCAGUUGUUUCCUGUUUCUCCAUUCACGGAUCAGAACAGCAACGCGGCUCCUUGCAGAGACAUGUCGCUUCAGCACAUGAGAACGAAGACAUGCGACCUCCUCUCCGAGCUAACCAUCUCCAUUCCCUUGGAUUAUGGUCCUCAUGGGCAAGCUUUCUUGUCUAACCAACCCAAAUGGAUCAUCACCCCAAUUGAAGAUAUUGCAGUCACUUCUGAGGUGCUAGCAACAACUAGGGUUUUGGUUCCAGUACCUGCUGGUCUGGUCGAGCUAUUUAUAUCAAAUCAUGUUCCUGAGGACCCUCACGUGGUUCAGUUUGUCAUGGCACAAUUCAAUGAUUGCUGGGCAUCAAACUGCGCCUCCUCUUCUUCACUACAGCUGCAUGAAGAUCACCACCAGGCCGCCAUCUCCAUUUUGGGGAACAGCAGCACCUCUCCCCAGAGCUUCCACUUCUGCACUCGAGAUGUAUCCAUAGCCCAAGCUCACCCCAUCGAUCACGGCUCUGCAGAUCAGUUGGCUCAAGUGUUGGCAGGGGAAGCAGCCAACUAUGAUGAAUCAACUGAUGCGCAGCAGCAGCACCACCAGAUGAAGCAGCAGUUCCUGGACAACCCAUUAGCCUUCAAGGCCCAGCAAGUCUACCCCAGCUUUCAGCAAUGGCUGCCAGAGAACUUGCCUUGGGAUGCAACGCCUGACCAAGUGAGGAUGUCCACUUCAGCACCUCUCAGUUUUUUUGGGCAGCAGUUUCAAGUUUUUGGCAUCCCUGAAAGCAGCCAAGCAAGGCCCAAGGACGAUGUCAUAUUUGAAGAAACGAUCGAAAAGCAAUCAGCUGAUGCGGUUGAUAGCGCGUUUCAGGACAAAGAAAUCAUAAAGCAGGAGAUGAGAAGGACGGACUCUAUCUCAGACUGCAGUGACCAAAAUGAGGAUGAUGAAGACCAGAAGGCAAUGGAGAGGGGAGGCAGAAGGCAUCAGUCCAAGAACUUGGUAGCCGAGAGGAAGAGAAGGAAGAAGCUCAAUGAUAGACUCUAUACCUUGCGUUCAAUUGUGCCAAAAAUCACAAAGAUGGAUAGGGCUUCAAUACUCGGGGACGCCAUAGAGUAUGUCAAGGAAUUGCAGAAGCAGGUGAAAGACCUCCAAGAUGAGCUGGAGGACAUUCCAGAUGGAGGACAAAAGGAUUCUUCUGCUCCACCAGAGAACCAAAAUGGAGUUUUCCGACCAGGGGAAUAUGAGGAAUCUUCAAACGGUCUGAGAAUGGCAGAUCAGGCAACCAGGCUAUCUUACAGUACCAAAACAACAGAGCACCCGAAACAGAACACCGACUGUGGCAGUACAGAUGACAAAGGGCAGCAGAUGGAAGUGCAGGUGGAGGUAACACAAGUUGGUGAACAUGAGUUCAGUCUCAAGAUAUUCUGUGAGAACAGAGCAGGUGGGUUUUCAAGGUUGAUGCAGGCAAUGGACUCCCUCGGGCUCGAGGUCAUCACAGUGAACAUAAUAACAUUCAGAGGCCUCGUCUUGAAUCUAUUCAAAGUGGAGAUGAGGGACAAUGAAGCAAUUCAGGCAGAUCAGGUGAGAGACUCCUUGUUGGAGCUUACUCGUAAUCUAAAUGGAUGGCCAGAGUUGGUAUAAAGCCAUGGCGUGUUCAGAACAUACCAGCAGUGAAUGUGCAGCUGAAAUUCCUGCUGGUGGCGGCACGCAGCAAAAAUGACGGUUUUAAGCAGAAGUACCAUCGUUAACAAAUGCUUUAUAGUUCAUAGCCUUGCCCAUGAAUAAUGAAAACGUGAACCUGUUUCAGCCAUGUCAAACUUGCUUUCCUACAAUCCAUGCGCAGUGUGGCGCCACAGAUAAUAUUGGUUUUGUUACCCAAUAGAUCAUGUAGACGUGAUUUAGCUUGUAGCUGUUUGACAAUAUAGUAAUAUGAUGCCAUAAUCUCUCUCUCUC